AUGCCUGAAUCUAACAAUCUGCAAACAAUUAACUCGUGGCGAACCAUCCUCUCCACUGCAACCAUAACCGCAACUUCUCUUAUAGUAGCAGGAUAUACGACAUACCAACUAUCAAAACAAUAUCAAAAAGAUAAAGAAAUACCAACUAUCAAAGAUGGUGUAGAAGAAUUAAUUGGCAACACUCCCAUGGUGAAGAUAAAAUCCCUUUCGAAAGCCACAGGAAUGGAAAUAUACGCCAAGAUGGAACUUUGUAACCCUGCAGGAAGUGCAAAAGAUCGUGUUGCUUUAAAUAUUAUUAAGACUGCAGAAUCGCAAGGUCAAUUAAUAAGAGGUCAACCAGGCUGGGUAUUCGAAGGUACGAGUGGAUCCACUGGGAUUUCCAUUGCAAUGAUAUGUAAUAGCUUAGGGUAUAGAGCUCAUAUUUCUUUACCUGACGAUACAUCAUUAGAAAAAUUAUCAUUACUAGAGAGUCUUGGUGCCACGGUGAAUAAAGUUAAACCAGCAAGUAUUGUGGAUCCAGAUCAAUAUGUUAAUGCAGCAAAGAAGGCUUGUGAUACACUGUUAAAGGAUCAUUCUGGUGCUAAAGGUGUAUUUGCCGAUCAAUUUGAGAAUGAGGCUAAUUGGAAAGUUCAUUAUGAAACUACAGGACCUGAGAUUUGGAAACAAAUGGAUGGUCAUAUUGAUGCAUUUAUUGCUGGAUGUGGUACAGGUGGUACCAUUUCUGGGGUAUCCAAAUAUUUGAAAGAGGCGAAAAAUUUACAUGGGAAAUGUCAUGUUGUAUUAGCUGAUCCUCAAGGAUCUGGUUUCUUUAAUAGGAUCAAUUAUGGUGUAAUGUAUGAUUAUGUGGAAAAGGAAGGCACAAGAAGAAGGCAUCAAGUGGAUACUAUAAUUGAAGGUAUUGGAUUAAAUCGGAUUACCAAAAAUUUCCAUCUUGGUGAAUCAUUUAUAGACGAGUCAAUAAGAGUGAUUGAUAAACAAGCUAUUCGUAUGGCGAAAUAUCUUUCUGUGAAUGAUGGUUUGUUCGUUGGUAGUAGUACUGCAAUUAAUGCAGUCGCUGCCGUUGAUUUGUCACGUAAUUUGAAACCAGGUUCAAGAAUAGUCAUCAUUGCUUGUGAUAGUGGAUCAAGACAUUUAAGUAAAUUUUGGAAAGAAGCAAGAGAUGUGGAACGUGAUAUUAGUCUUGAUAAAGUCAUGGAAGCGUAG